AUGUCGACAAAGGCGCCUGUUAUUCGUAGGUCGCCGCCUUCAUCUGAGAGCGGCGAUGCUGAAUCCGACUCUGGUUCUUCGGGCUGGGAAGAUCAAAAUGAGCUUGACGACCAGGACGAAACGACACCGAUUCAGUGUGUGCUUUGCGACCUCAAAUUCGACGGUGGGGUGGCAGAUGUUUGGGCGCAUUGCAAUAAAGAACACAGCUUCGACUGGCAAGCUACUAGCAAGAAACUAAAUCUCGACUUCUACGAUAAAAUCAAACUUAUCAACUUCAUCCGUAAAAACCCAACCACAGAUCUCAAGUCUAUUACCAAAGAAUCCUUUGCUUCCGAGGAGAAUCUUAUCCCCGUCCUUGAAAAUGAUCCUUUACUCUUUGAAAUUGACGACGACGGCGAGGAAGACGGCGGGGUGGCAGUCGAUACUAGUGCCCCUCUUUCAAUUGACGUCAGCGACCCUGCUGCCGCUACGGCAUUGAUCCAGACCCUUACACAACAGCUCCAAGAGCUCGAAACAAACUUCACAAAGUACAAGGGCGCCGUUGCAGAAGAUUACCUUAAAAGAGUGGAAGAGAGUAACGUCGUUUAUAAGAAGCCCGAGGCUCGUCCGGAGGGCAAAAGGGAUGACGAUACACAUUAUUUCAAUUCUUACUCUGGGAAUGAUAUUCAUGAGACGAUGUUGAAGGAUACCACACGAACCGAGGCUUAUAGGGAUUUCAUCUAUGAUAAUAAGCAUGUAUUUGAAGGAAAGACAAUAUUGGAUGUUGGGUGUGGAACUGGUAUUUUGUCCAUGUUCUGCGCAAAGGCUGGUGCAAAGAAGGUGUAUGCGGUUGACAACUCGAAUAUUAUCGAUAAGGCCAGGGAGAACAUUUUUGAGAAUGGACUGGAUGGGAUCAUUACAUGUCUCCGUGGAAAAGUUGAGGAGAUUACUUUACCUGUCAAAAAAGUUGACAUCAUUGUUUCUGAGUGGAUGGGCUACUGUCUCCUUUACGAAGCAAUGUUGGAUUCCGUUCUUUACGCCCGCGAUAAAUACCUUGCUCCAGACGGCCUCAUGGUUCCUUCUGAAUGUCGUCUCCUUGUUGCAGCUAUGCACGACAGCGACUACAUGAACGAUAGCGUUCACUUCUGGAACAAUGUCUAUGGCUUCCGUAUGUCUGCCAUGAAAGAGCGUAUUAGGGAAGACGUCGUCAUUGCACACUUGAAGCCUACCGGCCUUGUUUCAGAGCCAGCAGUAUUUCUGAACCUACCGCUACAUACCAUCAAGACUGGCGAAUUGGUAUUUACAAAAUCAUUCGAGUUGGAGAUUUCUGAGAAUGUGGAGAGUUUGGAUGCCUUUGUUGUCUACUUUGAUAACUACUUUGCUACAUCGAGAAACAGCGUUAUUGGCGAAAAUGCAAGGGCUGAGAAGUGGACUGGCGAGGGUGUAGCUUUCACAACAGGCCCUGGAGGGAAGGAAACGCAUUGGAGGCAGGGCGUUCUGAUGGUACAGGAUGGUGCAGGUCUAUUGCAUACCGGCCAGAAGGUUACAGGAGAGAUCACAUAUAGGAAAUCUGCAGACAAUUCGAGAGAAUUGGAAAUUGAAGUCGGAUGGGAAGUUGUUGGGAAGAAUCAGAAGCGUAAACAGCUGUGGCAUAUGAGAUAG